UCGUUGUUCAUCAGCGGGUAUCCCUCGACAACCCCGCAUCCACCGCGGAACCCGACGGUAACGCCAAGGAGGGGGUAAUGCUGUUCCCCUCAAUUUCCCCGAUCCGGCCAACACCGACCACGAGUAAGCUAUCGAUAACCAAGAUACAAGGGGCUUUUCUAAUUUCUACUGAUACCCUUCCAAUAACGGGAAUUGGACCAACGACUGUAUAGCUAGCCCUCUAUAAGCAACUUUUUCAUUUACAUUUGAACACUUUCAAUAAUUUAUCGAGUCUCGAGUAUAGUAUUUGCGCAUUUUGUGUACCGUACUCCAUUGAAAUUGCGUGCGUCGCUGAACGCUCUUUAAUCUUUUGUAAUUUUGUGAAAUUUCUCAGUCAGGGAUGCAUAAAAUUGUGUAAAAAUGUUAAUGAAAGUUUUAACGUUUCAUACGCUAAAAGAAAACUUCUAUGCAGGUAAUCCGUCAACGGCGAAGGUUAUAUCUCGAUUAUUGUCACAAGCCAUUGUUAAAGGUAAAAAAGAAUGGGACUUGUUGAGUGCUGUUUGUUUGGAACGUCACCCAAUUAUUACAAAGCCAAUGGAAGAUAUAGAAGCAAGAUACCAAGAUAUGUUACGACAAAUCGAAUUUGAGAAUAGUUUAUUGUCCGAGACCGAAAUACAAAUGAAAUUUAAAGAAAAUCUGAAUCAGAAAGCUGUGCCUUCGGGUACAAAUAUAGAAGAUAUCAUGGCAUCUAACAAAAAGGAACUAAUGGCAUUUAAGUUUGCACCACGAAUAAAUGCGGAUGAAGGUAAAGUUGUAUCUUUACAACGUAAAUUAGAUAAAACUUUAGUGUUAUUGGUGGAAAAGCAAUUAGGAAACACUAAUGUAUGGAUUCCGCCUCAAAGUAUACGUAAAAAUACAGAGUCUAUGAUAGAGACUGCACAGAGAACUGUUCAAGAACUUUGUGGUAAUAAUAUAAAAGUACACUUUUAUGGUAAUGCACCAAUUGGAUUUUAUCAAUACCAAUAUCCGAAAGAUAUAAGACUCAAAGGGAAAUACGGAGCAAAGAUUUUCUAUUUCUUAGCAAAAUAUAUAAGUGGUGAUAUUUCUCCUAAUUUAAAUCACUGUUGGCUGGAUAGGGAAGAACUGAAGGAAACUGUACACCCUAAGCUUCACGAGAGUUUGUCUCAAUUCUUGUUACCCGAAUAAGUUGAAAGUUGAUGUGCCAUAGGCGAUUGAGACGUUACAAAGCAUCUUCAAUUUUCAUUGAAUUUGUUUCAGAAAUAAAAGCUAUAAAAAGUGUUCAAUUAUUAGGUGUUACUUGAACUCUAUAGAUUGGAAUUGUUUGGAAUUUGGAUAAAUUUUAUGUUUGCAAAAUUUCUUAUAUUUGCACGAAUUUAUAUCCGUUUGUGUUUUGAAAAUUAUGAAAUUGAAAACAAAUAAGAAUAAUUGCAAAGUGUUUAUACUAUACAAGUAUUCUAGGAGUAUGCAUAUAUGUACAGCAUCGAUAUAUGCGGUAGACCAUCGAGUCGAAGCUAUAAACGUAACAAGAUGUUUCGUAUAAAAAAUAUAUGUAAAAUUUUUAUUAGAAUCUACCGCAUCUUCUCCUUCCAGUGUAUUUUGAAUCCGCUGGAACCUUCUUUCCCUGUUUUCGUCGUCUUUCUUUUUUCUCAGCAAUCCAAUCCCUGCUCUUUUUUAAUGGUUUACCUCUAGCUUUCUUAAUUUGCUCUCUACGAAUGAAAGGACAAAAAGAAGUAUAUACGGUAUUGAAAGUGACUAAAAGAUUGAUAAAAUUUAAAAUGUCGAUAAAAAGCAAUCAACCUUCUGGAUGCAUAAGAAAUAGCUGUAUCCGCAUCAUUUACACCUAAAGCUUGUGGAAGAACCAUGGGUCCUCCAGUCAUUAGAACCAAAAAGAAUUUCUUUGCUUUAGUACUAUUGGGAAAAUCCACUACAACACCACCGUAAAAGCCAGCCUUUGUAGCUUGCGCUGUGACUAAUUCGAUUUGUUCAUUGUUUUCAGGGUAAAACUGAAAAACAGCUCUAGCAGAUCUCGAUAAACACGAAUACAAGGUGGAAAAGAAUUGAUAAAUACGCUUUGAUGGUUCGUGUGAACUUUUAUCAGCAUUGCAUAACCAUUGUAAAGCAGAAAUACUGACUGCUCCAUCGAAACUUCCUGCUCUGAAUGGCAUUCCCUGACCCAUAUCUCCCAAAAUUAAAUCACCAUCGACUUCUCUUUCCAAAGCUACACCUGUAAAUAUGAUACUGAUAAGUUUAAAUAUAAUCAGACGAUUAGGAAAU